AUGCGAACUGUUCUCGGUCCGCAGAAAACAACGGUGGCUCACAUCAGCAUGCUGCAGGAGCUGCUAACAGCGGCAAAGGCAGAAAGUGCAAACGAAGAGCUCGUUCUACAAGCUUCCAAGCUGAUAGCACGACUCAGAAGUGAAAGUGAAGUGCAGCAGCGAAUAUCGGCAACGGCAGUCUUGUGCGAAGUUGACUGCUUCAAGGAAGCCGACGGGAGGGAAGAGAUGCCGGACUGGUCUCGUGACACCGAGAGGUUCGAAGAGUUUCACGAGGACUUCAAACGCGUCAUGGAGGAUGCGGAGCGUGAUCAGAUUUCGGAAAUCCUCAUGAACACCGCGCUGGAGCAGCUCGAUAAGAUUGAGCGCUUGCUGGUGGACAAAAAGCAAACAGAAGAAGAAAUGCGCCUCAAGGAGAGGGCCCCCAGCUCCGAUGCUUUCUCUGACUUCUUGACAGGCCUCCCAGCUGCAAUGAAGAAGCUCCUGAUGACGGUGGUAGCUGCACUGACGCCAGAAGCCAGCUCCGCCUUCAUUCGUCAGGUAGCUUUGUCCGAAGCUUCGGGCAACAGAGGCUUGCAGCCACUUGAUGAUGAUGAGCGCGAGGCCAGGGAUGCGGAGAUCGAGGCAGAGCGGACUGUCAAAGAAGCAGAAGCCGCUCUGCAAGAAAGAGAUGAGAAGCCCAGGCAUGGCAAAGGUCAGCCUCUGUUUGCGACGAUCGCUGCGCUCAGGACGGAGAAGGGCCUGCCAUACACGGAGUUUGAGCCCAGAUGCAUCAAGCACAUGGAGGAGGUGAGCAGUUCCCUUGCCGACGCCUACGGUGAUGUGCAGGUCAAGCAUCUCCUCACUCAAGAGUGCCGCCUGGAAGCUGAGUUUCCUCGCACUGUCGACACUGGCUUUGAUGAUGUCAAGGAAUGCCUGAAGUUCGCGGAUGAGUUCAAAACCGCCAAAAGAGAGGACAAGUCUUUCAAACAGUUCUGCAAGCGUUUCUUCGAGGCAUCCGAUCUUCCUGCUGACUGGCAGGCGAUACCCAAGCAGACCGAAACUGCAGCAAAGAAGACUGCGAGGUCCAGCUGGUGGGACAAAGCUUAUCGUGCGCCCAAUGUCAUGCGCCAGUCCACUCAGGAUAGUUCCGAGGUCAUUGAAAGCGCCGGCACAUCGAAGGCGCGAGCCAGGCGUGGCUCAACCGAUAAGACGACUGAAAUCGCCGGCAAGCCGAAGACAGCGCAGGCAGAGGAAGGGACAGAAUCGUCUCGGCCCGAAGUGGGGAAAUCCACAGAGGCGGAGGGCGCGGGUGAGGACAGUGCAGAAGAUACGGGCGAGGCAGCUUAUGAGGAAGCCUUGCGCUCCGGGAAGAGCCCGGAAGAAGCUGCUCGCGUUGCGGCGGAGGCUGCGAGCAAGGUGGCUGAAGACGGGGCUCGUAAGUCGGGCAAAAGCCCCGAAGAAGUGCAGCGGGCAGCAGCUGCCGCGGCUUACAAGGCCGGUGUGUCAAAUGGUAUGAGCAAGAAAGAGGCCGAGGACGCAUCCUCGGAGGCUGCCGAGGACGUCAGUGCCAAAGCCGCGCGUGGCAUUCCUGGGUCGAGCCGUGGGAGUGACAGUGGCGAGGGCAGCGCUGCCUCCACUGACACUCCAGCCGCUGCAUCUGCGGAGUCGCAGAGAGACGCAGCCUCCGGGGCUGUGGCUCCGGAACGGGGUUGGUUCCAGUGGCUGUGGAAUCUGCUGUGGCCAGUGCAGACACCGUGGCCAGAGAAGCCCUUCAACAACACUCUGGGGCCUGCGAAGAACAAGACGACCGAGAUUGGCCUUCAGCAAUCUGAUCUGGAGCGUUUAGAUGCCAUUCUUCGCCAAGAGAGGCCCGACAAUGCAGACGGCAUCGUGGCGAAUACCGAUCAGAAAGAAUACACUUCCGCUUGUGUGGUGCACCUGAAGAAGGUCGGCACGGCCAUCGAUUCAUCCUAUUCCGACCAGCAGGCCCAAGAGGUCUUAGAGUCCCAGUGCUUGCUGGAGAAGGAUGCCACAACAAGCAACGGUUUGUAA